AUGAAGUUUAAAGGGCACCCAGAGAGGAAGUCACAGACUGUGACUCCAGCCAUUUGUGUCCUGUCCAGGACCAGGAGGGGCCAGCAGAAGAUGAAAUUUCCUUCUCUCUGGCUCUUCUCCUUCCUCACAAUCACCGAGGGCCGAGGUGGCUUCCUAGAGAGGGAUGAAGGCAUCACAACAAAACGAGAACUCAAUGUGAAUAAGCAAAAGCCUCUAGGCUCAAUCCAGGAAUACGAGCUGCUGCUUCAGGUGCACUAUGGAAAUUCCAAGAAGAAAAGAGAGCUGAAGGAGUUUCUGAAGUCGUGGGCGCCUCCCUUAUUUUUCUUACCUGAGCCAGUGAAUAUAAUCAGAGCAAAGGCCACCACGUACUGUGGCUACCAGAACGGGGUCCUGCGCUGUGCCUGUGAAGACAGCUACUCCUGGUUUCCUCCCCAGUGCCUCGAUCCCCAGAAUUGCUCCCUUCUCAAGGCAGGAUCACUCCAGAGCUGUGACUGUCAUUCCAGCAACCUCACCCAGAGCGUAUAUUUCUGUGAGAGAACGAAGGUUUGGGGUACUUUCAAAAUUAAUGAAAAAUUUACAGAAGACCUUUUGGAUUCAUCUUCUGCUAUGUACGCCAAAUAUACCACUGGAAUUGAAAUGCAGCUAAAGGAAGCAUACAAAGGAAUCCAAGGUUUUGAAUCCAUUCGAGUCACCCAGUUUCGAAAUGGAAGCAUCGUUGUUGGGUAUGAAGUUGUUGGUUCCAGCAGCACAUCUGAGCUCCUGUCGGGCGUUGAGCAGAUGGCUGAGAAAGCUAAGACAUAUCUGCGCCAGCUGUAUGCUCUUGAAGAAGAUUCUUUCAGAGUGUUCGGAGAAGCCCAGUGUAACAGCAUUGCCUUUGGAUUUGGGUCUGAGAAUGACGAGUACACUCUUCCCUGUAGCCUUGGCUAUAUCGGAAGCAUCAUGGUCAGGUGCCAACCCUCUGGGUGGCAUAUCCUCGAGGAGAUGUGUGUGCUCUCUGAGCUGGAAGAACUGAAGGAGAACUUAACUGAGCUCGCCAGCAACAAUACUGACACUGAGGCAGCUGUGUCGUCACUGGUGCAGAAGCUUUCGAUGGUCAUUCAGCAAAGCCCAUCAACCACAGCUGGGAAUCUGGCUUCCGUGGUGUCAAUUCUGGGCAAUAUCUCAUCUCUGAAGAAAAGCUUCAUGGUGUCCAAUUCGACAAUGGAGAAUGUCAUCAAUAUAGCUGAUCACAUCCUUAAUUCAGCUUCGCUAACCAACUGGACAGUGUUGCUGAAGAAAGAAAAGAAUGCCAGUUCCCAGUUACUAGCAUCACUGGAAAACAUCAGCGCUCUAGUACCUUCGACAGCUUUGCCUCUAACUUUUUCUCGAGACUUCAUUAACUGGAAAGGGAUUCCAGUAUCUGCAAAUCUCAGCAAUCAAGGUUACAAUUAUGAGACUGAAUUUCCCCCCCAAAAUACCCCCAGUCCCAUCACAGGCCAUGUGUCUAUUGGGCCAGAACAAUUCAAGAGGCACCUUCUACAUACUAUCAUCAGCAUGACCUCUUUGACCCUGGGGAACAUUCUACCCAUGGCUAAAAAUAUAAAUGCUCAGGUUAAUGGGCCCUUGAUAUCCAUUAUUAUCUCAAACUCUUCCAUCGAUGAAGUUUCCCUGACUUUUUCUAAGAUGAAAUUGAAUCUGAGUCAACCUCAUUGUGUGUUUUGGGAUUUCAGUCAUUUGCAGUGGACAGAUACCGGCUGCCACUUAGAGAAUGAAACUGCAAACUCGGUGACAUGCCUCUGUACUCACCUGACCUCCUUCUCCAUGCUGAUGUCCCCCACUGUCUCCCCUGCCAUCGUCCCCAUUGUGAAAUGGAUCACCUUUGUGGGGCUGGGGGUCUCCAUCGGAAGUCUCAUCUUAUGCCUGGCCAUCGAAGGUCUGUUUUGGAAGCAGGUCAACAAAAACCAAACCUCACACAGCCGUCACAUCUGCCUAGUGAACAUAGCUCUGUGCCUCCUGAUUGCUGACGUCUGGUUUAUUGUUGCUGCCACGGUGGACACAAACUCUGGCGUCUGCACAGCUGCUGUGUUCUUUGCACACUUUUUCUACCUCUCCUUGUUCUUCUGGAUGCUUCUGCUCGGGUUCCUGCUGGCAUAUCGGGUGAUCUUCGUGUUCCAUCACAUGGCCACACUUUUGAUGGUGGCUGCCGGGUUCUGCCUGGGCUACGGGUGCCCUCUCAUUAUAUCCAUCGUCACCAUUGUGGUCACGCAGCCCAGCGAUGGCUACAAAAGGAAGGAUGCAUGUUGGCUUAACUGGUCCGACGGGAGCAAGCCUCUCUUGGCCUUUGUGGUUCCUGCCCUGACUAUCGUGGCUGUAAAUUUGGUUGUGGUGCUAUUAGUUCUCACAAAGCUCGGAAAGCCAGCUGUUGGAGAAAGGCUGGCCCAGGACCACAAGGCCACUGUCACGCGUAUAGGGAGGAGCCUCCUCGUCCUGACCCCUCUUCUGGGGCUCACCUGGGGUUUCGGCAUAGCAACAAUGGUGGACGGCUGGAAUCUGUCUUGGCACGUUAUUUUCGCAUUUCUCAAUGCAUUCCAGGGUCUUUUCAUCUUAUGUUUUGGAAUUCUCUUGGAUAGUAAGCUGCGACAGCUGCUACUCAACAAGUUGUCUCCUUUAAGCUGUUGGGACCAGGCUUCAGAGCAGAAGUUAUCAGAUUCAUCUGUCAAACUCAGAUUCGAAAAGACUUUCAACCCAUUCCAACAGAAAGGCCUCUAUGUAUUUUCUUAUACUGGAGAAUCCUCACAUGACAUCAUGCUAACUCAGUUUUCAUCAGCUGAACAAAGCGGGGAAUCCUAAAAUCAAGGAUAAUUUUGUUUUUUUUUUAGUAAAU